GCUUCUAGAGUAGAGCACCCGUUUGUUGAAUAAUCCCGCCCUCCCACCACCGUCUCUCUCUCUCUCUCUCUCUCUCAUGGAGAAGAAGAAGCAGCAGGAAAGCAGCAAACGGAGCGAACCCAAGAGCUCCUCCUAUCGACCGAAUAUUUUCGGUGCCAACGCUCUCCAAAUCAGCGAGGGCGAUGCUUCGUGCAUAGUGGGUGGGAUUGUCGAAAAGGGAAUCUCCGACAAGACACCGAGCAGCCAGACUGCCCCUCCCAAUCCAUCCGUUAUCCCUUUCCCCGUCGCUCGCCACCGCUCCCACGGUCCGCAUUGGGGUCCAGCGGCUAGUGUUAAGGAUGAUGAUAAUAGUGAUGGAAACGAGGAGGAUGAUGAGGAAGCUAAAUUUUCCAUGGAAUAUGAUCCAAUGGCACCUUUUGCAAAUCCAGUACAGAGGAAGAAGAAAAAAGGAUUGGAUUUAAGCAGGUGGAGAGAGCUUGUUUCGGAUGAUAAGUCGUCUGCAAAUAAAGCAGACGAAGAUCUCUCAUGCCGUCAGAAAAAUGAAAAAGAAAGAAAAGGUGGAAAUACAGCAAAGACAAGCAUGUCAAGCGACCCAUCCUUAGCUGAUGCAAAUGUGUUUUCUCCAAUGAAAAUGGACAUGGAACCUAUUUUAAAUGCUCAUGGACAUAUAGACAAAUCUGGUGAGGCUAUGAUCAGUGCUUCUGGUGAUGGACACUUUAGUUUAGUCAAUGCCAUGGAAUUAGAUAACCUAAACCAACUAGGUCUGAAGGAGAAAGUUAAAGAUACUAGCCCUUUUAACUCAAUUGUGGAGAGAACGAAACAAGAGACCUUGUCACUUGAGAGCCAGAUUGAUGCUGAGAACCGUGCCCAGUUACAGGAAAUGUCACCUGAUGAGAUUGCACAAGCACAGGCAGAGAUAAUGGAGAAGUUGGACCCUUCAAUUCUAAAAGCACUAAAAAGGAGGGGUGAAGACAAACUAAAGAUUCAAAAAGGCUCAAUGUUAGAAGUCAGCACCUAUGGUGAACAAAGUACUCUCCAAAAUGAGAAUACACAAGAUGCAAAAGGUUUUGCACAUUUUGACCGUGAUAGCUCUCAUAUGGUGACAACAUCUAAUGGUACACGGAGUGGGCAAGACAAUGGUGAGUUGCAGAAGUCAUCUGGAGCAGCCAGUUGCAGUUUAUGGAAUAUUUGGAGUGACAGAGUUGAGGCUGUAAGGGAAUUAAGAUUUUCCUUGGAUGGGACUGUGAUUGAGAAUGAUUAUGUCCAGGUACCCGGGAAUGGUGGUAUUGCUACUCAGAAUGGGCAUAGUGCUGACAAGGUUACAGAGCGUGACUUCCUACGGACUGAAGGCGAUCCCAGUGCAGCAGGUUACACAAUUAAAGAAGCUGUGGAACUUACUCGAAGUGUGGUUCCUGGACAACGAGCCCUUGCCUUGCAUCUCAUCGCCUCAUUGCUUGAGAAGGCAUUACAUGGUAUUAAUCAGACCGAAGUUGGAAUCCCUUUGGGAAAUGCUAACAAACUCAACAGAUAUAUAGACUGGGAGGCAGUAUGGGCUUUUGCACUGGGUCCGGAACCUGAGCUUAUUUUAUCACUGAGGAUGUCUCUUGAUGAUAACCACAGCUCUGUAGUUCUAGCUUGUGCCAAAGUCAUUCAAUGUGUUUUAAGUUGUGAUGUGAACGAGAACUUCUUUGAGAUGUUGGAGAAAACAGCAACAUAUGAGAAGGAGAUCUUUACUGCCCCUGUGUUCCGUAGCAAACCAGAGAUUGAUGUUGGUUUCCUGCAUGGUGGAUUUUGGAAGUACAAUGCUAAACCUUCUAAUAUUCUUCCUGUUGACGAGGACAUGGUGGAUGAGGAAUCUGAAGGGAAACAUACAAUUCAGGACGAUAUUGUUGUUGGUGGACAGGAUUUUGCUGCAGGUUUGGUUCGGAUGGGAAUCCUUCCAAGGCUUCUCUAUCUGUUGGAGACAGAUCCUACAGCGGCUUUAGAGGAAUGCAUACUUUCUAUACUUGUUGGGAUAGCGAGGCAUUCCCCAAGAUGUGUAAAUGCAAUCAUGAAAUGCCAAAGGCUUGUUGAAACAGUUGUCCACAGAUUUACUAUGAAAGACACUAGAGAAACUUAUCCUUCUAAAAUAAAAUCUGUUAGCCUUUUACGGGUCUUGGCUCAAUCACACAAGGAGAAUUGUCUUGAGUUUAUAAAGAAUGGGGCUUUCCGAACUAUGACAUGGCAUUUAUAUCAACAUGUUUCAUCCCUUGACCACUGGGUAAAAUCAGGAAGAGAGAACCAUAAACUUUCAUCGGCUUUGAUGGUUGAACAAUUACGUUUUUGGAAGGUCUGCAUUCAUUAUGGAUAUUGUGUAUCUUACUUUUCUGAUAUUUUCCCUACCUUGUGCUUGUGGCUGAAUCCACCAACAAUAGAAAAACUUGUACAGAAGAGUGUUCUUUGUGAGUUUGUUUCCAUCUCUAAGGAGGCAUACCUAGUUCUGGAGGCAUUGGCUAGAAGACUUCCAAAUCUCUUUUCACAGGAGCAUGCUGGUGACAAUACAGAGAUCUGGUCUUGGAGUUGUGUCGGUCCAAUGGUUGAUUUAGCUAUAAAGUGGAUAGCAUUGAAGAGUGAUCCGCACAUUUCUAAACUCUUUGAAUGGCAAAAAGGAACUGAAAGUGACUCUGUCUUCCAAGAUAUUUCUGUAACUCCAUUGUUGUGGGUGUAUUCGGCUGUUUUGCGUAUGCUUUGCAGAGUGCUUGAAAGGGUGAUCCCAGAGGACAGUGACAACCUGCAUGGAAGUGUCGGACUCGUGCCAUGGCUGCCAGAGUUUGUUCCUAAGGUUGGACUCGAAAUUAUUAAAAAUGGAUUUUUGAGUUUUUCAGGUGCCUCGGCAUACCCGACUGGAGGUGGCUCGUUCAUUGAGGAACUAUGUCAUUUGAGACAGCAAAGUAAUUACGAAACGUCAUUAGCUUCUGUGUGUUGCCUUCACAGAGUUGUUCAGGUAGUUGUAAACAUUGAUAAGUUGAUCCGGCUAGCCAAGAGUGCUGUCCAUAGUCCUUCCCAAGAAUAUAGUGUCUCAAGGGAAGCUAAAAUACUUGAGAAUGGGAUACUCAAGGGUUCUAUGGUGGAAUUGAGAAAUCUGUUAAAUACUUUUAUGAAGUUGGCUGCUUCAGAGUGGCACAUUAUUCAGUCAAUUGAGAUAUUUGGUAGGGGAGGCCCUGCUCCAGGGUUGGGUGUUGGGUGGGGUGCAUCUGGUGGAGGAUUUUGGUCUGCCGCUGCUCUGUUGGGACAAAUAGAUGCAGGAUUUCUUAUUAACUUGCUCGAAACCUUUCAGUUUGUGUCUUCUACAGGUACACCCAUGGUUGGAGAAAUGACCUUGAGUAUGCAAAGGAUAAACUCUGUCUUAGGUGUUUGUUUGACUGCUGGGCCAAGGGAUAGGUAUAUUUUCGAAAAGGCAUUAAAUAUUUUACUCCAAGUCCAUGUUCUAAAGUUCCUUGAUUUCUGUAUUCAGCGUUUUCUUCACCUUAAUAAGAGAUUUAAGCCCUCUGCGUAUAAAGAAGAGGACCUCCUGUAUUUCAGUAAAACAUUAGCUUCUCACUUCAGAAACAGAUGGUUGUCUAUGAAGGUGAAGUCCAAAGACAUGGUCAGAAAUAGUUCCUCUGGAAAUCAAACAUUUAAAAAGGGCAGUGUUGCUCUGGAUACCAUAUAUGAAGACCUGGACACAUCAAAUAAUAAGACAUGUCAAGAGUGUACUUCUUUAAUAAUAGAGUGGGCUUACCAGAGACUCCCACUUCCAAUGCAUUGGUUUUUGAGUCCAAUCUCAACCAUCUGUGAUGGCAAGUAUGCUGGCCUGCAAAGAGAUCAAACACAAAAUCUUGUGCAGGACCCUCAUGAUUUGCUUGAAACUGUGAAAGCUGGACUUUUCUUUAAUUUAGGCAUUGAAGCCAUGUCCACUUUCAAAUCCUCCGAUGCCCCCUCCCCUGUUCAGUGGGUACCUUUAGUUUGGAAAUUACAUUCUUUAUCUGUGAUCUUACUUGUCGGGAUGGGCAUGCUUGAAGAGGAGAAGAGCAGGGAUGUUUAUGAAGCGUUGCAAGAUAUCUAUGGGCAGCUUCUUGACCAAUCAAGAACGGGUAUAAGUGCUGACCUUAGUUUGGAGAAUAAUGUAGAUUUAUUAUCCGAAUCCAGAAAUAAAGAUAAUGCCAAGUUUCUAAUGUUUCAGUCAGAGAUACAUGAAAGUUACUCUACAUUUAUUGAAACUCUUGUGGAGCAGUUUUCUGCCAUAUCUUAUGGUGAUUUGAUCUUUGGCCGGCAAGUUGCAGUCUAUCUGCACCGUCAUGUUGAGGCCCCUACACGACUUGCUGCCUGGAAUAUCUUAACUAAUGCUUGUGUUCUUGAUCUUCUACCACCUCUAGAGAAAUGCAUUGGCAAGGCCGAAGGAUACCUAGAACCCAUUGAGGACAAUUAUGAUAUUCUGGAGGCUUAUGCGAAGUCAUGGAGUUCCGGUGCCCUUGACAGGGCUGCAGCUCGAGGAUCAGUUGCAUAUACACUAGUUAUCCACCACCUUUCUUCUUUCAUAUUUCACUCUCAUGCCGUUGAUCAGUUAUUGCUGCGCAACAAGCUUGUAAAAUCUCUUUUGCGAGACUAUUCCCGGAAGCAGCACCAUGAGGGAAUGAUGAUGAAUCUUAUUCGAUAUGACAAGCCAUCCGCAUCUCAGAUGAGUGAUCAAAACGGUGGUUCAUCGCUAGAGAGGAGCAGUAUAGAUAAGAAGAUGGAGGUAUUAACAGAAGCUUGUGAAGGAAAUUCCACUUUGUUGACUGAGGUGGACAAGCUGAAAUCCUCCUUGUAAAGAAAUAUUUAUGUAAUAAAUAUCCAGGAACAAAGGCCAUAUGUAGAUGUGCGAGAAAUAGUUGAGGUCAGGGGACCAGGCUUUGUGGAUUCACUUGAAUGUUCUGUAAAUGAACGCGUUUUGGAAGAAGAAAAAAAAAAUGGAAAGGUUUUGGUAUUUUCAAUA